UGUGUUUUACAACACUACCUUCAUCCUUUGAUUCCCUUGCAAAUCUCCAAACAUUGCGUCUAAAUGGGUGCAAGUUGGUAGACAUUGCUUUAAUUGGAAAGCUAACGAAACUACAAGUUCUUAGCUUGGUGGGUUCUACAAUCCAACAAUUGCCUAAUGAAAUGGUGCAAUUGACCAAUCUAAGGCUGUUGAAUUUGAAUGAUUGCAAGGAGCUCAAAGUAAUUCCACGAAAUAUCUUAUCAAGCCUGUCUCGAUUAGAAUGUUUGUACAUGACUUCUAGUUUUACUCAAUGGGCGGUUGAAGGUGAAAGCAAUGCUUGUUUAUCCGAGCUAAAUCAUUUGUCUUAUUUGACAACUUUAGAUAUGGAUAUGCCAGAUGCCUACUUGCUACCAAAAGACAUUUUAUUUGAGAACUUGACAAGAUAUGCAAUAUUUGUGGGCAAUUUCAAGAUGUGCAGAAGAUAUUGGAGAACCAAAAGAGUGUUGAAGCUUAGGAAAGUCAAUAGAAGCUUACAUUUGGGGGAUGGAAUUAGCAAGUUGAUGGAGAGAAGUGAAGAACUAGAGUUCAUGGAAUUAAGUGGUACUAAAUAUGUUCUUCACUCAUCAGAUAGGGAAAUUUUUCUUGAACUGAAGCAUCUUAAAGUUAGUGAUAGUCGUGAGAUUCAAUAUAUCAUCGAUUCAAAGGAUCAACGGUUUCUACAACAUGGUGCCUUUCCUUCAUUGGAGUCAUUGGUUCUUCGGAAUCUGCGUAACUUGGAAGAAAUAUGGUGUGGCCCAAUUCCAAUAGGGUCUUUUGGUAAUUUAAAGACUCUGCGUGUGACUUUUUGUGGUGAAAUGAAAUUUCUCCUUUUUCUUUCCACGGCUAGAGGCCUUUCCCACCUUGAAAAAAUGACAAUAACAAAUUGCGAUCUCAUGCAACAAAUAAUCGUAUAUGAAACGGAGUCAGAAAUAAAAGAAGAUGGACAUGCUGGGACCAACUUGCAAUUAUUCCCAAAAUUGCGAUCCUUGGAACUCAAGAGUCUACCACAACUCAUCAACUUCAGCUCCGAGUUAGAAACAACAUCUUCCACAUCUAUGAGGACAAAUGCAAGGUUGGAAAACUCAUUUUUCAGUCAUAAGGUUUCAUUCCCUAAGUUAGAGGAGUUAAUACUCAAUGAUCUAUCCAAAUUGAAGGAUAUAUGGCAUCAUGAACUUCUAUUUGGAUCCUUAUGCAAUCUACGGAUCUUAAGGGUGUACAAAUGUCCAUGUCUACUCAAUCUUAUCCCAUCUCAUUUGAUACACAACUUCCAAAAUUUAAAAGAGAUGGAUGUGCAAGAUUGUGAACUCUUAGAACAUGUAUUGUUCCUCAAGGAAUUGAUGAAAAUUUUGAGAUCCUCUUAAAGUUAGAAACCUUGAAGUUGAAGAACCUGCCUAGGCUGAGAUGGAUCAAAGCGGAAUGAUAGCAUGAAAUAUGUUUCCUCUCCUCUGACACUCAUGAAUAUUCAAAUCCUCAAAGAACUGCAUAUCACUGAUUGUUGAAUGGAAGACCUAUAGAAGAUGUAAUACUCUUUUGUGAAAAGGUACAUUGGAUUUAAUUUAUGUUUGGCUCUAUUUGAGAUGAAGUGUAGAUGCAGCCUUUGUGAAAGAAACUGCAGAAAAUGCUGAUGAAGCUAUGAGAUAACUUCCAAAUGCUAAUUUGAGGAUUUGUGGAUUUAUCAUUCAAAGGUUGUUCUCCCCAAGCCUCAUAGGAAGGAAACUCCACAUGCAGAGCUAUAUAGAAGGUACUCAUUUGCAGAUUCUAGAUGCUGAAGAAUAGAUAGGCCUGAAGCAUUUUAGGCCGGUAAAACCAUUGGGAUCUGGUGACACUGGCGGGUUUAGAUGGUUUUUCUAUUUAUUGCCCAACUUUUUGCCCCAAUUUUGUUGGAAUUAUGUUCUAUCCUAUGGCUCCUAUUUUGGAACCAAAGGAUUUAUUUCCCUUUUAGGUCUAAUUUGACUCCAUUCAUUUCUGGGUGUUGAAAAUUUUUCGUUUUUAAGAAGAUGUGCUUCUGGGUAUUUAUUGUGUGCUGUUUAUCUUGAAGAAACCGCAUCUAUCAGUUGCAAUUUGCUUUUACAGGAGCAAGUUAUAGGCAUGUUUCCUCUUGAUUCUUUCAUUCUCUGUUCCCAUAUAUUUGUGUUCUCGGUUCAUGUUUCAGGAUGAAUCUAUGUUGAUAUGGUACUCUGUCAAA